CGUGCCUCUUAAAGAUGGCAAGGCAGAUACCAUCACAACAGCCAUCCUGGAGCUACUGUCAUCAUGCAACCUGCCUCUGCAGCAGAUGUGUGCCUUUGGUUGUGAUGGAGCGGCAGUAAUGGUUGGGAAGAAGACUGGGGUUGCUGUCCAGCUUAGACAGCGAGUUCCUCACCUGAUCAGCAACCACUGUGUGGCCCAUCGAUUGGCACUGGCUGUAGCACAGGCUGUGAAAGGGGUUCCAUACCUCCCUAGGUUUAAGGAUAUCCUUGGGGACCUCCAUCGUUUUUAUGAUCACAGUCCUGUACGCACAUCAGGCCUGAAGGACAUACAGGUAACUAAUUAAAAUAAUUGACUCGGUCUAAACCUAUAAAUUAAUGUAAAAAUAACAAUGCCUGAGAUGACUUAUUAACUAUUUAUUAUAUUAAAUGUGUUUUGUAUAUAAUAUCAUGUGCAGAUAUUUAUUGAUCUCUAUUUUAGAAGUUGCUAAAUGAGCCUGUUCUCAAGCUGGUUGAAGCCAAUGAUGUACGGUGGCUGAGCCAUGACAAGGCAACAAACACGCUGAUGAAGUGCCUUCCCUCAGUAUUUACAAGCCUGGAACGGGAGGCUGAGGAGAGGAAUGAUGUCAGGGCAGCAGGACUUGCAAAGUUCACCCAGGACCAUCGCUUUGUGAUGUCUCUUCACAUGAUGUGUGACACUUUACCUCAUCUCACAGAACUAUCAACUGCCAUGCAGGCCCGGGAUGCUAUUUACACCACUGUUAAACCACUUGUGACUGGUACACUGUCCAUUCUGCGGGGUCUGCAGACCAUGCCAGGUGAGGCCUACCAGAGUGCUGUACAGAGGGUAGAGGACCUUCAGGCCCAGGGGUUUAACAUCAAGCCUCCUUCUGAACAAGAGAUUGUCAACUUUAGAGAGAAGGUGUUCAAUCCAUUUAUGGAGAACAUUGUUUACAAUUUGGAAGGCCGAUUUCCAGACCUGCCCCUUAUACACAAGUUUGAGGUUUUUAACUCAAGGAAGUUUCCUGAUGACAACAGCACCAGUCAUGGGGAAGAGGACAUCAAGGUGCUGGCUGAGCACUUUGGGCUUGUGGUUGACAAGACCCUUCAUGAGUGGCGCCAAGUAAGAGAAUCCCUUGCUGACAGUGGGCUUGCUGCAGACAAGGCCAUGGAGUGGGUUACCACUAAUUUGAACACCAGCCACACCAACCUCUUCAAACUUGCAGCUGUUGGGUUGUUGAUUCCUACAUCAACAUCAGACUGUGAGCGUGGGUUUUCCACCCUUAAGAGAGUUAAAACAUCCCACAGAUCAUCCUUGAGCCCACCUGUCCUCAAUGCAAUACUUACUGUUGGGAUGCUAGGACCACCAAUAGACAAGGUCGACAUUAACAACAUGGUGAAAAAUUGGCACAAGGAGAAACCCAGGCGUAGCCAGCUCUAGGCACCAGUCCUAACAUGACAUUUCAUUAAUGUUUGAAAUAUUUUUUUCUGUUUAAGUUUUUGUUCUUCUGUUGAAAAAAAAACAAUAA